CAUAUAUUACAUACAUAGUCGCAUCAGGUUUUAUAUGUUUAUGCAAGUAACUUCUCCCGUGAAAUAAUUUUUGAAACUUGCACUUGCACGUAUGGCCAAACGAAAGGAUAACGGCCUAAAGUUCGAAUAUUUUAGGCAAUAAGCACAGCUUAAAUAUAAAAUAAUCGUUAUUUACGACAACUUAAAAGCUAUCGACAUUUUGACAAUUUUCAUUUGAGCAAAAUAACAUUUCUAAACCAUUUCUGCAUCAUUUUUAUACAAAGCUGUUAUAAAUUAAUAAAACUCUGUUAAAAUAUGCUAAAGCUGAAAUUAGAAGCUCUGGAACAUCCAGCACCUGAUAGUGUGGAUGUUAAUGAUCGAAAGGUGUUUGCUAGUACUAUACUCUGGUUAGAAGAUCAAAAAAUACGUCAAUAUAAAAUUGAAGAUCGGGAGGACCUUCGCAAAGUCGACGAGCUUGAUAUAUGGGAACAAGCAUACGAAAAUUACAAAUAUGAUCUUAGUAUGCCACAAUUUGUUAUGCCGCUAGAAGAAAUUACUUGGCUCUUGGGUUACGCCAUCCGUUUGGAAUUCCUGGAUUCUCCUGAGAGUUACAAAGAUAUCAAUUCCGUUGAAGUUAGUAAGCAGCAGAACAAAUCAAUAGCUCCUAGCAUAGAAGCUGAGAAUUUCUUUGACAACAUGGACUUUAAUCAUAAAGAUUUCAUUGCUGGUGUGCGCGCAUUGGCAAGUAAACUAAAAAUACCGCAACACCCAAACCAUCUUAUUCAGUUAGAAGCAAUCGCACGUGUAGUACAUGAAAGACUUUCUCCUUCCGCUAAACAACGACAGGCCAUAACUGGGACACCUUUUCCCUUUGAAAAAGGCAAUGAUGUAGUGUCCGAUGAUCCUGCACUAGAUUAUCCCGUACGCAUUUUGCGUCUAUUACAAAUACAAAGUUUACGUCAGUUGCAAACAAAAAUCAAUGAAACAAUUGUUGCUGUUCAAGAUUUGACUGCGAAUCCAAAAACAGAUACUAAGCUCGGAAAAGUAGGACGAUAAAAAUUGUAUAUAUUUCUAUGGAAAUGAAAUUGGAGCUAUAAAAUAUUUAUUAACUUAAAAAAUCUCAAAAUUGAGUUAAUUAUUUUUAAUUGAUAUUCUAAACUUGUGUUUAAAAUACUUUCUAAAUUAAUAUAUAUUUAUUAUGCGUUACAUAUCUUACCAUAUGUGCGUAUGUAACAUAUGAUCUGGUCUUAAAAAUAAAUGUAUACUGUUUACUUAAUCAGAA